AUGAUCGACGCAAAGUCCAGAAGUAUCAAAGGGCAAGGCGCUGUUCUUGUCACGGAACCUCCGGUGCGCUACCACCAGGCAGGCAUUGAGAAGAUCUUCAUCCGAUGGACCCAAAACGUAUACCAUACCCAGAAAGGGAUUGCUGUCCUAACUUCGAAUGAGUCUGUUGUGGAUGUGACACUUGGGGGCGCGGGCGCUAGUUCUGCCGAAUUGACGCCCAGUGCUGGGUGGUGGCCAAAGGCUAGUGCUUGUGCAUGGAGUAUUCAUACUGAGUUUGCUGGCGUCGCUCUUAGAGGAAUAGUCGAUGCAGUCCACCAACCGAAACCGGUUUCUCGUGCUGGACAAUUCGGCAAAGACAACAUGCCUCCAAUCGCGAUUCCGUUAGCAGAAGAAGAUGAAGAGUUGUUUGAACUUUGUCCAACCCUAGGUGGCGAGAUCACCCUUAACCUAGAACAAGAAUUGGAAGAGGAUGUAGAGGAUGCAGGACAUGAAUAG